GAUACGUACGGUUCAUCUGCUAGCUGCUUGAGUGUUGUGAGAUGAUAUGCCAUCAUCGAAGACAUUACAUUUUCGUGUUUUUGCAAGUUCGGGUUGGCCUGAAUUUUUGUUAAGAAGGGGGAAAUAUCUUAAUUAGUAUCAACCUCGAGGAGAAAUUAUCUUUGGAUUAUUUUGUUACACAUCCGACCAUAGCUGGAAGAGCGCUGGGAAGAGCGCUAUCUAUAGCAGACGGAAUCGCGGAAUCUGUCCCGCUAACCUGUCCGGAGAAGCAGUCAGUCCUCCCAGCAAUACCCCCCGGAUCAUUUCAUUUAAUCUGACGUCCAUCUAGGAAAAUAAAUCAUGGAUAAUGCAAGCAGUGAUUGGUGAUGCCAAAACGAAUGUUGUGACUCUGGAAUAACAUCAACCGUUGCUGGUCUAAACAGAAGGUCAUCAUGUAUCCCAUUUGCAGGAUUAAGAGAAUGUUUCGUGGUUGGACACGGUUUUUCAGAUUAGGUCUUAUCGGGAUCGUCUUCCUGCUCUGGUUAACUCUUCGACCUCAUCAGACGAGAUCAUACAAAGGUCUCGAUGUCUGGCUCGACCAACAACAAGCCAAGAAAAUUUUAGGCGUGAAUGUUCCUCACUAUUUCAUACAAAACGACAAUCCUUCAGCGCCUUCAGCUAACGCACAGACAAGGCAUCUUUCUACGAGAUCUCGUCUGCAAUUAUCUCGCACAUCACGUUAUUUAAACAUUUCAUUUUCGGCUCCUGCAGGUUAUCAUUACUCGAUUGAAGAUGUGACUACAAGCAACCCUAAGCUUGUAGGCUACCCUGUCUUCAGUAUACCAAUCAAGGGCAGAGUACCAUCAAGACAUACAGUAUUUAGUGUGGAGUUUCCAUGCACGGGAAAAGGAGUAGGCUCAGCUCUUGUCAGUUUUCGUCUUCGAUUUCAGACCGAAAACUACGAUGGCCAAGACAUCAAAGCAUCACCACUCAACUUCCAGAUAGAAAAAGAAUGCGAGAAAUAUGAGGGUGUGUCUACAUCCACAAUCGAAGUCUGCCAUCCGCCAUGUUUAGAGGGGGGCGUGUGCAGUCCAGAAGGGAGAUGUGAUUGUAAGGAGGGGUACUACGGUCUGCGAUGUUCACAACCUCUUUGUAUUCCACAUUGCUACAAUGGUGGUACCUGCAUCAAGCCGGGACUCUGCGCAUGCCCAGAAGGAUUCAGCGGAAAAAUCUGCCAUUUAGCAUCAUGUAGGGAUAACUGUUUCAACCACGGUCGUUGCAUAGCACCAGGAAAAUGCAAGUGUUAUCGGAACUGGUUUGGUGAUAUUUGUCAGUACCCUGUGUCGAGAGAAAAAUCCGAAGGUGCGCAACCGGACAAGGAUAAAAGCAUGCCGAACAUAGACAAGAUGAAAGAAGGCAUCAACAGUAACUAUUCAUCGGAAUGAAGUACUCUAUCUGAAGCCGUCUGAAGAACUUUGUGAAGGGAUAUCCAUAUUGUGGAUGGAAGGUCUGGAUACAUGAACUGGGAAUUGUGUCAGACGAUAUAGGCAUGGGGAUGAAAUAUUGGCAUUAUCACGAUUUUACUUCUUGGUCGGAACCAUGAAGCCUGUGUCACUAAUAUGAUAGGUCGAUAUUGGCGGUUGCGAGAGUUGCAAGGGAACUAGUACUCAAAUUAAUUAUGUUGAUACUAGGAGAGACUUGGUUUGCUUAAUUAGUUGACUAUAAUGAGAAUUUGUUUCUCCUAUGCCAACUCUGGAACCACAGAAGGGAAACAGUGUCAAUAAACAUCCGAUAAAAUUUGAUUGAUACUUUGACAUAAAAGUUUGAAACGGUCAUGACUGUGAGUGACUUUCCUUUUAGAAGUAAUGCAUUCCUCUAACUAGGGCAACAUAUUUUCCUUUGCUGCAGCUACGGAAUACCCAAGGAUGGCUGUCAAUAUCUAUAAGACUGAACGAUUUUUUUUCGAAGCUCAAGACUGCAUCAUGUGAUACACGUUUGCUCAGUCUAAGGAGUAAGGAUCUUAACUCCUUACUCAGAUGCUCGACGUUCGUCUAAAUAUUGAAUUGAAGAGCGCCAGCUUUCGAUUGUAUUUUGAGCACUGUCAGCUGCAACG